AUGGUAAGAUCAGUUAGGCAUAUUUGGUGUUGUGACUUCUGUAUUCAGGGAGAAAAGUUGUAAUAUACGAUAUAUCACAAGCUACCCCAGCUAGCAAUACAAAUAUAUAGAAAUGCAGUUCUUACAAGAUUAACAAAGACAUGUCGAGAAUUGCAGUACACAUGCAGCUAAAACUAGUAAAUAACGUAACAUAUAUAGGCUCAUCAUCCGAUACCUUAUAGCUCAAUGACAAUGGUUAGAGCGUCUGUCCGGUUAUGAAAGUGGUUGGAAACCCGUUAGGGCUCAGAACUUUUCUGAGUAUAAGGCUUGUCACGCACCAACACCAAAUAUCAUAUUUUUAUGUACUAUUUAAAAAUGAUAACUUAUCAGACAAAUUAUUCAUACCAGGGCACAAUAUCUCUGUCACCGGCCAUUAGGCGAGCAAAAUGCUGAUAUGACCGUCUACUAAUUACUCUGCACGAACAUUAUGGCGGACCGUUUUGUCUAGUCAAUUUGAAUAUUUAUUUGUUAACCAUUAUGCAUAUGCACAUGGUUUUGGACUUUUCGUAGUUGUUACGGUUUUGGUUUAUAGUACUGACAAUGUUAGUAUUGAGAAUAACUAAGUGUCCGACCAAAACAUGGGUUGGUCUGACACAAUUUCAGACCAAGUUUUCAGAAUUAUAUUGAGCUCUGAUUCAUACCAUGCACUCAUUAUUUAUUAACAGUCAGAACACGACUUGGCCUUUUAUGGCGUGGAUUGGGAUGCUCCUGCACCAUCUGCCUUGUGGGAUGGCGAUCUUCAUGAUGAUGCUGUUCCUGUAGAAGUUCCAGCACUUCCAGAUUUACUUGAUCCUGAAGAUUUUCAUCGGCUUGUCACUGAAGUUAACCCUUUACAUGAAUCAGAGGAUAGUGGUGUUGAUUUGUACAUUAACACUCUUAACUUUAUUUGUGCCUGUACUGAAUAA